UAAGAAAGGUGGAAGAAUAUAGGUUGUUUAUCGGUCCGCCGGGCUCGUGGGUAGGAGCUGUGUGUUUUUUUUGCUUCCGCCCUUCAAGCCCGGUAGCUGGUAUCAAACUGAGGUAUUUCCGGUUUGGGGAAGUACUUUUGUUUCUGAUGCUGGUGACCGGGGUUCUCGGAAGCUGUAUUUACGCUGCGUCUUUGCUGACAGUUCUAUGGCGUCCGGUCCCGCGCAACCCGGGGCCUUGAGCGCUGAGCAGGCUAAGGUGGUCCUGGCUGAGGUCAUCCAGGCGUUCGCGGCCCCGGAAAACGCGGUGCGCAUGGAAGAGGCUCGGGACAAUGCUUGCAACGACAUGGGCAAGAUGCUGCAAUUCGUGCUUCCCGUGGCUACGCAGAUACAGCAGGAAGUCCUGAAAGCCUACGGCUUCAGCUGUGAUGGGGAAGGUGUCCUGAAGUUUGCCAGACUGGUGAAAUCCUAUGAGGCUCAAGAUCCUGAGAUUGCCAGCUUGUCUGGAAAGUUGAAGGCCCUGUUUCUGCCACCCAUGACUCUGCCCCCCCAUGGGCCUGGAUUAGGGGGCAGUGUGGCAGCCUCCUGAGGGAGUAUCUAUGCCAUCAUGACUCUUGUGGAAGGGAGAUGUACCUAUCAUCCCGGAACUCUUGUACCACUGGUUGUCCCUGGAGGAUAAUAAAUUUGCAGAUGCUUGGC